CACGUCUCUCUCGGGCGCCGCUCCCGCUCCCGCUCCCGGUGCUGCUCCCGGUCCCGCCCCGCUCCGCCCCGCCGGGCCAUGGCGUUCACGCUCUACUCGCUGCUGCAGGCCUCGCUCCUCAUCGUCAAUGCCGUGGCCGUGCUGCACGAGGAACGCUUCCUCCGCCACGUUGGCUGGGGAAGCGAUCAAGGGAUUGGAGGAUUUGGAGAGGAACCAGGAAUUAAAGCACAGCUGACAAACCUCAUUCGAUCAAUACGAACCGUUAUGAGAGUGCCAUUAAUAGCCCUGAACUCCAUCACCAUUGUUCUCCUCCUGCUGUUCGGCUGAAGACACCCUGUAGAAACCCCUUGGACAUCCAAAGAAGCCAGUUGCUGACCACCACUGCUCUGAAUUCCCUGGGAUCCAGCACGGUUUAGCUGUCAAUCUGACAUUCAACUUAAAACAAUAAAAGACACUGUUUCUAUGUAUCCCAUUUCCUAAUGUUCCCUUGCAGUUUCAUUAAGCAGGAUCACGGGAUCAAUGCAACGACGCUGCAAACACAUUGGACUGUGACCAGUUCUGUUGCUGCCUGUUCAUAGUGCUGAUUAAUUACUAGAGUAAAUGUCAUAGGAUGUUGCAGUGACUGGCAAUGGGAUGCAGCUUUUAAAUGCUUUGUUACUCAGGGAUGAAUUUCCUUCAGUACGCUCUCCAAUUUGUUUUUAAAUUUGAGGAAAACAACAAACGUGUUUGUUUUCAUUUCAAUUGCUACCAUGGAACUGUUUAAGAGAAUAUGAAUUAGGCUCUGAAAGUGUGUCAUAAAGAAUACUUGUUAUAAAGGUUUGAAGUCCAGCUGUGAUAUGGAGGGAGAUAAAAUCAGCUGGGUAAAGUCCUGAUUCAGGUUAACAUUGAAAGCUGAAUUUUCCUGCUUUGAUUGGGGAUUUUUGUCUUCAAAUCACUAUUUCAUACUGAUGGUAAAGUCAGUAGAAAAUGGGUGCAAUUGUAGUGCAAAAUUAAAAAAAAAAAAAAAAUUAAGAAAAAAAAAGCUGUACCUAAAGCUGGGUAACUCUGUGUUAACUUUGGGGAUAUUAGUGAUUAGUAUUUGUUACUUUUCUGUCAAGAAUUGUUAUUAUACUUUUUAAAAUAUGUAUUAAACUUCUGCGUGGUGA